GAUUGAGCUUCAGAGCUCUCAUCAACAAGACUCCUCACAUCGCAUACAUCGCAUACAUCGCCGACGACGUUUUGUGAUGACCAUUUUGCGAACCCGAUCAGCUGCGUCACGGACCACAGCAGCAACACACGUCGUUCGACCGAACAACACAGCCGGGAGGAUAGUGUGGUCGCCGCUUAGUCAUAAGUCCGACUGAGCAUCAUCGUGUGCGACAUCAUGCAAGACCAUGUGCGAGCCACAUCGCUCGUUCGGGGACAUGGAGAGCUCCGUACGUGCAUGUCGACCGCCCCGCACCCAGCUCAGGGAAGACGGGCCAUGGCAAUGCGACCGAUCAUUGCGAGUAAUCCGGAUGGCCUCGACAGGUCCUCUACUCGCAACUCCAGGGCCAAGGUGCAGCUGUGACACACCAAGCCACACUGCGAGUAGCCAAGGCCGACCGACUGCAAUACUCACAGACGCUCUCGUCAGGAUGAGGGGCGCCCUGAUCCACGUUUUCGCGCCUCGCUACCAAGAUCCCGCCACCCGUGUCUGGACCCGCACACUCUUUUUGCGGUGCUUGCAACGUUUGCCUCUGCAUCUCCCUCUGCGUCGUCUUUUCCAUCUGCCAGUGUUCCUCUUUCAUCAUUCAUCUUCUCCUGCCAGUCACCUUUUCUUGCCAGUCAUCCGCCUUCUCUUCUUUUUCUCGCUGGCCCCUCCCUCGGCCGAAUUUCCAUCUCCUCAGUCCACAGUCUUUCCUCCUCUUUCAGUCCUUUCUCAAGUCUCUCAACCCAUCUCACGAUCUCCGCUCCGCUCUCGUGUUUCCGCGGUUCACGGUCACCCUUCCCGUCCAGUUUCUCUGUCGUUUCUCAUAUCAUCCCCCAUCUGUCAUCUUCUCGGUCCAUGAUCAUCCACCUCCUUUUCAGUCCUUGGCUUUAUUUCCCCAGGUCGUCUCAUCCUUUUCUUUCGUAUCCUUGUCCCAUUGACUCGCAGCCAUUUCUUAUCACUGAUCUCCUUCUGUCUGCCCUCUUCCUUCUUUUCAAAGUCGUCUCCUUUACUCGUCUCAUUUUUGGCUCGCAGCCUGUCAAAGUCACAUGCAUCGAUAGAUGCCCCCUCCCGCGUUGUUGCAACCUUUUUGAAGCUCCCAAACACUCCGAGUAUCGCGUUUCGCUCGUCUUGCAUUUGGCUUCAGCGUUAUUUGCGACAUUGUCCAGAUCGGCAUCGACG